GGGGUAGGUAGGGCCUUCGACAUCCCUGCUGCAGACCUUCUCUACUUACGGGAAUUGCUGACAUGCUGAACGAUACACUAUCUCACAUUUGCGCUACUUACUUACAUAAAUGGAGUAACCCGUCUCCAUCAUUAUGAUUUCAUGCAGAAGACCAGCCUCAGAUAACAGCUGCUCGCUCGUAUUAUAUAUAUACAACAGAAAAGCAAAGGACGAUAAAGCGUUAAUCAACUCGCGCUCCAGACAGCCGCUUGCACAGCGACUAUAUUAUAAGCAGGGCGCCCAAUUAUAGCGAUACACCUGCAUAAAACAGUCCACCAGCUUGACACAAGUGGGUUUAUUACCUCCGCUGACAAGGAAGGUUUCAUCGAACUUUUCUAGAACAUUUUUCUUCCAAACCCCUUUCUUUUCCCCGAGUUCUUCGACGAGAGCAAGAAAUAAAAACAUAAUAUUCACCUUAACCGAUCAAACCGCCCCCGACCUUCUCAACGACGCCGUAUGGAGCCAAUAUCGUGGUUGGGAAAACUAUUGAUUUUUCGCAGCGUUGAUCCGAUUUACAUCGCGUCUGGUGACGGGCAGCCACCCUUUAUUUAUUUUUCUCGCCGCUUGCUGGUUGAUCUGCGCCUCUUUCAUACUACUGGUGGUUAAGGGGGACCCUGUUCACAUAAGACCAUGGUUUUUCCAGGCGCUUUUCUCACCCCUUGCUUUCUCCGUAUUCCAUGGGUGCGCUUCCUGGGUCUCCUCCGCCGGGGUUCUUCGUUCUCCAUUCUCUCCUAAGGUUCUCUUGCAGGUGGGUGGAUGAUGGAUCAUGUCUUGUCAGGAAAUCCAUUCUCUAUCGAAUUCUUGGUAUUGAGUUCACUAGGCAAGGCUAGCCUAUCAGUUUCACCGUGCCACAAGGGUCAUCCUUUCAGUUAUGCAAGAAGGGCCGUCAUUCUUCUCGGUAGGCAUCAUAUAUACCCUUGAAUAUAUCCAUCUUCCCUGCGCAUUACCGCCGCCGUCUCUCGAAAUGACGAUAUCAAUCUCUCUGGUCUUGAUUCCACCUUUUAAAGCUGUCUUCUACCAUUGAAUACGCUUACAUACGUGCAGAAAUGCAAAGUCUUUCAAGCCACUUGUGCAGUAAACUACUCUACUCUCGCUACCCCUUCCGGAUACUGCAGAGAAUCGGCGACGACCAGUCAAUUUUCAACUACUGUUUGACUCCUACCUAGUACUUCGUACUCACUUCGAAUCUACAUAACUAGUUGGUGGAAACUCAUCGAUAUGGCGAUCAUCAGCCUCUUCCGUGACUGUUGGUGCAAGGAAGUGAUAUCCUCUUCGGCUAGACUAUUAGGAAGAGCCACCGACUGGUCAUAUCUUCAAUGGCAACCAGAGACGAUCUGAUGUGGCCCCCUAUCAUCCCUGAGCUACAGUGGCACCUCUGGGGUACAUUGUUUGCCGGAACCCCCUCCAGUCCUGUGUGAGAUGGCUGGUCGAGAUCACAACUAUAUGUUUGACGUGCUCCAUACUGCAAAAGGUCGACGUAUGCCUAGGGAUAGUGAAUCCGGAUCUUUAGAUGGGAUGCACGUCUCCCAGAUCAAAUUCACCAUUGGCCGUUAUUGACUGGUUCCCUUCUGGCAAAGAGGCAACCCCGUAACUAUGUCGUACCAACUCUAAUCUUAAUACCGGCAGCCUUUCCGUAAGGAUUGAUGCCUUCCACUGGCGCUUUUAUUUUGGCCUCAAUAUCGCCGUUUAAGUUGUGAGCCAUAACCUUUUUGGAGACGUACCCUCAGGUCGACCCUUGACUAUAUAUAUGGCCCCUUCCCCUGAAAAAGCCUCAUAUGCUUGUAUCGUAGUCUUUUGGUUUGUUUGUUUAACGUCUCGGGCGGCUCAUUGAGGCUUGCGAUGUUAUAUAUAUAGUAGCUGUGUAACUAGCGGAUGCAACUGCUGAUGGACGUAGGCGGCCAGGGUACCCAAAUAACCGCUUUCAAAAUAGUCAUAUGUUAAUGGCCAGAGCUCUUGUACGAUCCCGAUAGUUGACAUUAUAGUUUUCCCGCCGGUAUUCACUCAUAGAUUUCUCCUGGCAGGGUAUCCUCCGUAGAUAUUCUGUUAGCGGUAUUCAAUCUAGCACGGGAAAUUGCUAUCAUGGCUCCCGCUUAAGACAAUCUUUAUUUUUGAUACUAGGUAUCGUCGUAUCAUCUCAAUUGGUUCAUGUGGAUGGUGGAUUGAUGGCGUAUACUCUACCCUGCCGUAUAUCAGCCGUCUACCACGACCAUCAACGAAGAAAACUAUCCCUCUUCGACCAAAUAAUGACCCGAACAGCUCCCGCAAGAUCGGCAGCCUGCAUUAGCCCAGCAGGGUCCGGAUAAGAUAAGUAAAUUGACCACCGUAUUAGACAUAUUAAUUAGGCCUUUCAACGUUCAUGACAUCAUCUUGAUGGUAUCGAGCACGGAGCAGGGAAAUCCGUGGGGGAGGCAUCAUCUUCAGCCACAACAGUAACACUUGCUAGAAGAUCGUAACGGCAUCCACUGGUAAAAGGAUGGCAAGCAAACAAAUCUCUGCUUGCUGCGUUGCAGGCCUGGCUGGACCAACACGACGAAAAAACCCGCCAGCCACCCGUUUUUGACGCCGCGGCUGUCGGCCUUGGCGCGCGCUCGUCUUCCCUCGUCAACUCCAGCGCAUGAGACAAGAAAAACACCCACCUCCACCAACCUUCAAUUUGACCAAGUACAACUCACUCCAAGGUUGAUUCUGCGCCAUCUCUGCUUUCAAGGGCUCUAGUGCGGUCGAUCCGAGCCCGGGAUAUUUGCUAGUCUACCAAUAUUAGCCCCUACUGGCGGUCGCAGCGUUUGUUGUUUUUGUUACAGGGGUCCAAACAGAGGCCAGGGCCCGCCACUUUCUGUGCCGCUAUCUGAAAAAUGUUGACCGUAGAAAAGCAAUGGAUAAAUGUCCAGCAAAAGACAUUCACAAAAUGGUGAGUCUAUGGUUUAAUAGUGUCUCUUAUGGCCUACAUUAGUGUCAGGGUUGCUAAACUGCUGCUUCUAGGUUAAACACAAAGCUCAAGAUCCGGAACAUCGCCAUAAAUGACCUGGUGGAGGACCUUUCAGAUGGAGUCAGUAUUUGGACGACGACGACGAGAGUUAUCACUGUACUAAUGUGUACGGCUCGACACAGGUUAUCCUAAUCCACAUCCUCGAGAUACUUGGGAACGAGUCGUUGGGCCGAUAUGCUUCAAAGCCAAAGCUUCGAGUACAAAAGUUCGAAAAUGCGAAUAAAUGUCUCGACUUUAUCAAGGGGAGGGGGAUACAGAUGACCAACAUUGGCGCAGAAGACAUCGUUGACGGAAACAGAAAGAUAAUACUCGGCCUAAUAUGGACCCUCAUUCUGCGAUUCACCAUCAGCGAUAUCAACGAGGAGGGCAUGACGGCCAAAGAGGGCUUAUUGCUAUGGUGUCAACGGAAAACAGCUUGUUAUCCAGGUGUGGAAGUGCGGGAUUUCUCCUCAAGCUGGAACGAUGGGCUUGCGUUCUGCGCCCUGCUGGAUAUCCAUAGACCCGACCUGAUCGAUUUCGACUCACUAGACAAGACCGAACAUAGGAAGAACAUGCAGCUGGCCUUUGACAUUGCUGCAGAGGAGAUUGGCAUUCCGGACCUGCUUGACGUAGAGGACGUGUGCGAUGUUGCAAAGCCAGACGAGCGAUCCCUCAUGACCUACAUUGCGUAUUGGUUCCAUGCCUUUUCACAGCUUGAGAAGGUAGAAAAUGCCGGCAGACGUGUCGAGAAGUUCGUUCAAAACAUGCAAGGAGCUUGGGAGAUGCAAAACUCCUUUGAGCGCCGGAUGAGGGCUUUGCUGAAGAACAUUGCUGCUCAGCAGGAGAAAUGGCUUAACUCUACCUUUGAAGGCACAUACGCAGAUGCCAAAGAACAAGCCAGCGAGUUUGCCGCGUACAAAAAGAACCAGAAGCGCGAAUGGGUCGCUGAGAAGUCUGACCUUGCUGCCCUGCUGGGGAAUAUCAAGACGAAGCUGAGCACCUACCGACUGCGGGCCUAUGAUCCACCACCAGAACUCAGGCUAGAGGUCUUAGAUGAAGAAUGGGCUAGUUUAACCACCUAUGAGCACAAGCGAAGCCAGUUGAUCAAUGAAACUAUCCGUGAUAUCAAAAAUGCCCUUCGGCGAUCGUUUGCGGACAAGGCUAAUGAUUUCGCCCUAACCUUGAACACGCUUUCGCUGGCGAUCUCGGGUCUCGAAGGAGACGUUGAAGAUCAGUUAACGCACGUUCGACGGCUGAGCGAUAACCUACCGCCCUUAGACGCAUUCCUAGAAACAAUAGAGGACCUUGACGAACAGUGCGCAGAAGCUAACAUUGAAGAGAAUGACUUUACCACCUACACCUUUGAAGAGCUCUCCUAUGAACUGAGCCUUGUCAAAUCCAGUGUAGCGAAGAAGCUAGCAUUCUUGGAAAACCAGAUGGUUGCGCGGAACAUGACCAAUCUAACCCCCAUACAGCUUGAAGAAUUCGAGUCUGUAUUCAGACAUUUUGACCGGGAUUCGACAAACACUCUGCAUGAGAUAGAAUUCUCGGCUGCAUUAGCCAGUUUGGGUUUGGUAUACGAUGAAGACGAGAUGCACGAGGUGUUCGUGGAGACCUGUGGCCCGAACCGUCUAGAGAGAAACGCUGGCGUCAGCUUUGAACAGUUCAUUCGAUUCAUGGUCAGCGUCACUGAGACAACACACGCUGAACAGGUCUUCAGAGUUUCAAGGAGUAGCGGACGGGAAGGUAAUAACAUCUUUGAAUUUUGCCCAUUCUCCUGGGAGCUGUUUUAUUCCCAACUACCCCCUUACAACUUGUGUAUGUGUCAGUCAGCUAAUUACACUUACCACAGCCAUAUGUUACCGAGCUUGAUCUUCGGCACUCCCUCAUACCGGAUGAACUUAUCGAGAACCUAGUAGAGUCAAUGCCCAAGCACACGGGGCCUGACCUCCUGGAGGACAGGGAUGUCGCGAAGUACGACUACAUGACCUUUAUGGAGCACAUGAUGAACAAUGGGGGCCGUGGUAAUGAUGUUGGAGCCAACCACACCGAAUAAUUAACCCGAAAGAAAGAAGAACUGCAUUCUUAUCCCCGAAUUAGCCUUUUGUUAUAUCCUCUAACCCUUGACUUCAAGGCACAAAGAAAUCAGGCCAGCAUGCCCGGCAGGCGGAAAGUCAUU